AUGAUUGCGUACGCCAACUACUCCCAACAUUGGCCGGAAUUUCACACUACAAAUGAAGUCAAUAUGAUCGAUGUCGAACAUAUCCUACGCGAUACCUACGCUGAGAUCGAGUAUUUCGCUCAAUUCGCAAUGUCUCUACAGCCAUUUGCUCAGCUUCCAAAGGAUCAAAAGUGGCUUCUAUUCCGGAACUUCUGGCCGGGUUUCUUCGAAUUGGAUCGCUGUUUUCGCACAUGUAAAGUACUUGGUUAUGACAUAAAUGAUGAGCGAACAGUGUGUACAGACGGAACAAUUAUGAACCCUCGAGGUGAUGUUCUCAGGCUUGAUACCGUAUCCGAUCUCAACGAGGAGCAAGUGAAGAGGUUACUGAAGCCUUCUCAGGAUCUUUUUCGCGAACUAGUUACGUACCCAUUCAAGCGAUUGAUGCCAAAUGAAUUUGAACUAUUGUACAUGGUUAUUAGCUGUAUGUUCAAUGUAAAAAGUAAGUUAUCCAUAAAUCUUUUGUGCUUUAACGUUCAUUAUUUGAUUGUUUGCACUAUUUCGGGGUCUUUUGAAGAAACCCGAAAUCGCAAGUGUUCGGUCGUGUAA